AUGGCCAGAAUUCAAAAGCGCGAGCAUGCGGGACAUGCUCAUGGACAUGGACACAGUCAUGGACACGGAAAUACCUAUCUCACAUCGUCAAACAAAAAUGAUGCUGGCGUCAAGAUUACUCGAAUUGGUCUCUUUGUCAAUCUGGCUAUGGCCAUUGGGAAGGGGGUGGGAGGAUACGCCUUCCAUUCGCAAGCAUUGAUUGCAGAUGGCUUCCAUGCCUUGACCGACCUCGUCUCCGACUUCAUGACCCUCGCCACGAUCUCCUGGUCUCUACGGCCCCCGACCGAUCGCUUCCCUACUGGCUUCGGCAAAAUUGAGAGUCUGGGUGCGCUGGGAGUUAGUGGACUACUUCUUUUCGGUGGAAUCGGUAUGGGGUUGAAUGGCAUUGACACACUUUACACCCAAUUCAUGGUCGACCAUACGCACGAAGCACAUGAACACUCUCAUGGUCUGUUUAGCUUUCUGGGGCACAAUCAUAGUCAUGGCGCCGGCCUACCCGACCUCAACGCAGCUUGGUUAGCCGCAGGUUCCAUUGUGGUUAAAGAGUGGCUGUAUCGAACGACAAUGAAAAUCGCCAAAGAAAGAAAGUCCUCGGUCCUUGCUUCCAAUGCCAUCCAUCAUCGUAUCGACUCACUCACCAGUAUCGUCGCUCUGGCCACCAUUGGCGGCGCUCAUCUCAUACACGAUGCCUCCUGGCUGGAUCCCGUUGGUGGUCUCCUCAUUGCCGGUAUGGUCAUAAGAGCUGGCUGGGGCAACACCGUGAACGCGCUACUCGAAUUGGGAGAUGUCACGGUUGAAGAUGAAAUCAAAAAGAAGGUAGAGCGUGCUGCAACCAAAGCUCUCAAAGGCGACGAGACGAAAGGAAUCGCAGCUGUCGAGAACGGCUCUCAGGUCGAAAUCCGAGAUGUUCAAGGCAUCAAAUCAGGCCAGAAUUACCUGAUCGAUAUCGAGCUUGUCGCACCAAGCACGUUCAACCUGCAGCAGCUCAAUCUAAUCGAAGAUGCUGUUCGCGAAAGAGCCGGCGCAAAGGUCCGAGGUGUGCGUCGUGUACGCGUCAAGUUUGUUUCGUCUGAAAAUGCGGGAAACUUGAUCAGCGAUUUCAUCCCGCCCGAUGUUAGUCCAAGAAGCAGUCCUGAGCCUGAAGACGAGCACAACCACACCAACGGCCACGCCAACGGACACACGCACGAUCACAAAAAGCACAGCUAG